AUGGAGAUGGAUUCAAACGACGAAGAAGCACAAGCACUUAAAAAAGCUGGCUUGAAGGAUCAAGAGAAAGUUACUGGACCUUCAAUAGUAACCAAUGAGCUUGUCUCAAGUUGGCAGCACGCCAUCAUUAAGAAAAAAUCUCUCCGUAUUCUCAAACGUCUUCUCCUUGCGUUUCGCGCUGCCGCCCACGUCAAUGAUGCUGACGACACUUCCAAAAUAUUUGCCUACAAAGUUACCAGUGCUGCUGUGUUCAACAACCUUGUGGUCGUUUGCCUGAAACAUGUGAGCGACGUGUUCGAUCACCACUUGAAAACAAAAGAUCUUGUUACGAAAAAAAAUCUCCCCAAUACAGCUAAGAAAUGGAAGACUGUCGAACCUCUCGUACGAUCCUACAUCACUAGCCUUCUCCAUCUUCUUAGAAACCUUUCUGAGAACGAUAUGGUGUACUUUGUAUUGAAGGAAACAGAGAAGACUAUUCCAUAUCUUUUGUGUUUUACUAAACAGUCAAAUACUUAUUUGAAAGAGUUGUUGCAAUUCUGGGGAACUGGAGAUGAUAAAGUGAAAAUUGCUUCGUUUUUAAACGUGCGUACUCUGGUGACUACGGCCCCUAAACCGUUUGUUGAAACUUGUUUGAAGGGAAUAUAUAUGACGUUUGUUCGUAAUUGUCAGACCACUACAACACACACUUUGCCGGGGAUAAAUCUCAUGCGCAAUUGCGGAGUUCAGGUUUUUGGCAUUGAUUUAAAUACAUCAUAUCAAACAGCGUUUGUUUACAUUCGACAAUUGGCCAUACACUUGAGAAAUUCCAUGGCAAUAAAGAGUCAAGAAUCGUACAAAUCAGUAUAUAAUUGGCAAUUCAUUCACUGUAUAGAAUUCUGGUCACAAGUGCUCGCAACUUAUUGUGAUAAGCAACGCGUUGCAGAGUCGGGGGAAAAUAUUCUGCAACCAUUAAUUUAUCCUUUGGUGCAAGUGACAAUCGGAGUAAUAAGACUAGUCCCAGCAUCACAAUACUUUCCACUUCACUUUCAUUGCCUACAUUCUCUGAUCCACCUAUCUGGCCGCACAGGAGUAUUCAUCCCGCUUGCACCAUACAUAUUUUCUAUUCUUUCCUCGCCCGAGAUUCGGCGUAAGCCCAAGCCAUCAACGUUAAAACCUUUAGACUUUUCUGUACACCUGAAGGCUCCCAAAAGUUAUUUACAUACCAGAGUAUAUCAGGAUGGAUUAAUAGAGGAGUUGGUAAGAGUGAUGGAAGAGUAUUAUGGAGGACUAUGCUUGUCGAUAGCAUUUCCAGAAUUGGCUAUUCCGGCCGUCGUCCAGAUAAAGAGACACAUUAAGAAGUCGAAGAAUUUGAAACUGAAUAAGCAACUUCAUGUUUUGGUUGAGAAGUUUGAGCAAAAUGCAAAAUAUAUCCAGCAAAAACGUCUACACGUAGAAUUCAGUCCCAACAACCGAGCACAAGUGAAAGCAUUUUUGAAAGAUUCAUCUCCCGAAGAGACUCCUCUUGGAGCUUAUAUACAAUCAGUUAGAAAAGUAAAAGAACAAAGGAAACAAUUAAUUGAACAAAGUUGA